UUCAUGGAGAUGCACGGAUGAGAACGAGGUCUUUGCUAACCCUUCUUAUUGAACGACUACUAUAAGAGCCUCCUCUGCUCCGCUUCAACGAGUAGCUCAACAUAAUCUUCUCUUUCACUUACCCGGUCUUCAAUAUCCAAAUAUGCAUCUCCCACUACUCUCUAUCCUCACUCUUGCGCCCGCGGUGAUUGCGGUUGUCGUCGAUACGCCAACUAUAAAAUCGCAUCGGAAUUGGGACGUGACAUGGAGACUCGACACGCCAAAAAUUGGCCUCACCCUUACCCGAGACUUCAAAAAUUUUGAGUGGAUUGAUCUCGUUGAUGCCGAUCCGGAGAAGGCUAGUGUUAGAUUACCGAGAGACGUGAAUCUUGAGCCAGGUGAUGUUUGGUUGGUCGCAUGGACUAUUCACGGUACAGGACCAAUUGGAUAUAGUGAGAAAUUCACACUCAAAUAAGCAUUGCUUAUACAUACGGAGG